AUGGCUACUUCUACUCCCACGACGUCUAGCACGGCGCUUCACGUGCUUGACAAGCGCGAUGUGCAGCGCAUCUGCAGUGGACAGUCAGUUGUGGACCUGGCAACAGCUGUAAAAGAGCUAGUAGAAAAUGCACUAGACGCUGGUGCGACGCAAAUUGAAGUUAAGCUGAAGGAGUUCGGGCGCGAUGCUUUUGAGGUGAGUGACAACGGUGUCGGUAUUGCGCCGGAAAAUCACGUGGUGCUGGCGCAAAAACAUUAUACAAGCAAAAUUAGGAGCUUUGAGGACAUUGAGACCGUUGCAUCCUUUGGCUUCCGUGGUGAGGCGCUGAGCUCGAUAUGUGAGCUUGCAGGGAGCUUUAAGGUUUGUACAAGGACGCAGAAUGAGGUGGUGGGGGUUUUGCUUGAAUACGACGCGGAUGGGAUGCUUGUAAAGGAAACGAAGAAAGCGCGACCUGUCGGAUCCACCAUUAUGGUGGAAGAGCUUUUUAAGCCGCUGCCUGUUCGGUUCAAAGACUUUCAGCGAAAUAUCAAAAGGCAUUAUGCGAAGCUGCUUAAGGUGUUGCAGGCAUAUGCCGUGAGCAGCGUAAACGUUAAAAUGUGUGUGUUCAAUAUCACGGGAAAAAAUGCAACCAGGAAUGUCGUGCUAGCUACACAAGCGCAGCAGACAAUGGGGGAUAACAUCGCGAAUGUGUUUGGCACCAAGUUUCUGAGGACACUUGUGCGCGUGGAUUUUAUGCUAAAUUGCAGUCUGAGCGAUGAGAAUGAACGCGAUUAUAUUGCUGAUCAAGUUGACAGUGACGAAAAGCAUGGACUCUUUGCUUCAGGCAUCGAACCGAAGUUGAGGAGACAAGAGCGCAAGGUGGAGGGAUACGUUUCUAAGGUCGGAGCUGGUGUUGGCCGCUGCGACAACGAUCGCCUUUUCUGCUUUAUAAAUGGACGGCCGUUUGACCUACCGAAGCUGAUAAAGACACUGAAUGAAGUCUGGCGUUCAUACGAAAUGAAACAAAAACCAGCAUGCAUACUCAACUUUCAUCUUCCGUUCGGCGAUUACGACGUCAAUGUUACACCGGACAAACGCGAGACGUUUCUCAAGCAUGAAGCUGAGAUAAAUGAGGCAUUUAAGACGGGUCUAAGCAAGAUUUACGAGCCAAGCCGAGGAGUCAUGACUGUUCAACCGUUGAUUGCAACUUUCACCCGAGCCUCUGAGACCGAAUUACCGUUGAGCGAAUUGCCGUUGAGAGAAUCUAUAUCGCGUGUAAUAGAGACAGAGAGUUCUAGCGAGCUAAAGCGCUGUUCGACCGCUGAAAACACGCCGACAUCUAUUGAUCAAAUGAAAUCACACAAUCGUAAUGUCGCGCAAAGAUCAGAGCACGUCAUCGUCAAGGAUAAUCAGCUUGGGAAAAACCAGAGCACAAGCACAGAUGCUGCAACUGAUAAGCCCACAUGCAAAACCAAACCAGUCGUAGAUCUUAAGCAAGCUUCGACAUCGAAGAGGCCGGCUGCCUCUCACAGUUUAUCCUCAAAACCGAUCCGCUUAGACACUCAACAGCCUGCCAAAAGACGAAAGCUUUAUUCCCCAGUCCCUUCGCAGCCAACCUCUUGCACGUCUGAAAAGCAUUUGUGGUCAUUCCAGGAAAUGAUGCAGCAACGACAACAAUAUUUCGAAGAAGAGGUGGAAUAUGAGCGAGAACGACUGAUAAAUCGUCUGAAGGUGCCAAAAGUGUGCUCAGCUUCUGUCGGUGCUAAUAUGCUUUCAGUAGAUAAUGAGGCUGCAGCAGCAGCAUUACAACGCGUGAUCAAGAAAGAUGAUUUCAAGCGAAUGAAAGUUCUUGGCCAGUUCAACCUUGGCUUCAUUAUUGCCAAACUGGACAAUGACUUGUUCAUUAUCGAUCAGCAUGCUAGUGAUGAAAAGUAUAACUACGAAACAUUACAACAAACCACAGUGAUACAUCAGCAACCACUUGUCCGUCCACUGAUGCUGGAGAUGACAGCUGGUGAAGAAUUAAUCAUCCUGGAUCAUCUGAAUGUAUUCGCGAAGAAUGGCUUUACUUUCUUAGUGAACAAGGCUGCGCCAGCGACAAAGAAGUUGAAGCUGGUAUCGUUGCCUUUUACGAAGCACACGCAGUUCGACUCUGAAGAUAUUCGCGAGCUGGUAUCGCUGCUUAUAGACGCGCCUUUGAAUCCUGAUUCUAUCCGCUUGCCUAAACUGAUGGCAACGUUCGCUUCUCGAGCAUGCCGAAGUUCAAUUAUGAUUGGCACGGCUCUUCACAAGGAGGACAUGCAAAAAAUCGUUCGAAAUCUUUCCGAGCUGGACCAGCCAUGGAAUUGUCCUCACGGACGCCCAACCCUCCGACAUCUAGUUGAUCUCACGCAUUUGCAAUACAGCGACGACAGCAAUUAG